UAUGGUUUUUCAGCGACUCCGCCUGCCUACUGCGGAGUUACAACUUCCUCAACAAUGGCGGAAUCCAGUCGUAUUUCGAGUAUGCGGAUGGCCGAUGAUGGCAACAGCAAAGUGAUGAAGACAAUGAUCAUGUUCAGCAUAGGAAUGAUCACCUGUCCAAUCUUCUCAUAUUUCUUCAGUAAAUCAUUUAUAUUUGAAGGUUUGUUUGGGAUGCCCCAUGCGAGCAGCUACUUCUACGCUGCAAUAGUCUCCAUCGUUGUGGUGCACAUCAUCCUCUUUAUGUUUAUAUAUGUAGCAUGGACAGAAGAUGCUAAGCCACAACCACCCUUCAAGAUAGAAUAACACAUUAUAGAAUGCUGUAAUCUCACAGCUGUCCUGUGUACAUAUCUGGACAUUUCCAAGGGAUUUGCAUUUUGUACAUAAAUACAUGGUUGGGGACACAUCUUUCUUUUAGUGUACUGUCAAUGAAAGAAUGUCUGUUUUACAAUAACACUUUUAAAGUUUUUGCUUUUGAUUACAGAUUAUUUACUGUUUGCUAUAUGCAUGUAGAUCACGAGGACAUUCUUUAACAAUAUUUCAUUUAAUACUGAGUACAAUAUUCGUGAUGAGAGCUAAUAUAUGUAAUGAUUAUAGUUACACAAUGAGGUGAUAAUCUUUUGUAUUUGCUUGGGAUUAUCCAAGCUUACUGUGUACUAUCUUUACUAUUUGAACACAUUGCUGUCCUUCUUGUAUGUGAAAUCCCCAUACAGUGCUAUUUGGAUCUCCUUUCAAGUAUAGGAAGUUGCUGAAAGGAAUAGACCCAGUAUAUUGAUGGGACGUUAAUUCAAGGGAAAUAACUCAUGUCAACUUAACGACUUAGGAAUUUUGGGUUUGUUUGGGUGUGUUUUUUCAGGCUGGCUGUUUGUUAAACAGAUCAGUCAGCAAGUAUGGGUAAAAUAUGUUGUUCUUUAAGGACAGGUUCAUGUUAAAAAGCCCAACAAAUUGUCUGGUUUCAUUCACUAUGUGAAGGUUUGUUUAGGGAGUUGAAUCUAGUCUAAUAUAGUAAUAACAAUGAUUAUCUUGUCUACUUUGCUUAGGGACCAACCGUUUGAUAUUGUGCUGGGAUAUUCUUGGAUAUUUGUUUUAGACAAAAUAUCUUUCAGUGUGAGUGCUUUCAGUCACUUAAUUCUUACUAACUUUACCACAUUUUCCAUCUGGCAUGCCGAGUAAAUAGUUCAUAUAUUUUUGUGUAACAUAAGGACCAUUCUUUCAACAGCACAGUAUUCUGGGGAACAUAUAACAUUCUAAAAGAAAUCCUAAGUCCCACCAAAGAGUUUUAAAUGGCCAACUCCUUGUAUUUUAUUGGAGAAAUAUAUGACUAAUGGUUGAUGUUUAUCGGUCUAUGAAGCACUGCACAACUCUUAAUUUAUUCUCCCUUUAGUGCUAUAUUGUACAAUGCACAAACAAGUGGUUUAUGUCUUAUAUGAUGCAUCAACAUUAUGUAAAGCUUAUUUCAAGAUGUUUAUUGAAUUAACCAGCUUUAAUAACAUUUCCACCUAUUCAGAAUAAGGGUAACUACUUAUACAACAUAACUUUCUAAGUGGCAUUGUGUAUUCAUACCUGAAUAAAGUUUCAUCUCAUUUU